AUGUUGUAUGUGCAUACGUACAAGGGCGCAGUGGUUAAUCAAGGUGAUUCGGUAAGAAGUCCUAACGAUGAGUGUACACUCCUUACAGUAUUUAAUCUACAGGACUUUAAUGGGAGUACUGUAGCAAGUUAAGUACUUAUAUCAUUCCUCUGAUUUGCCUUGAAGCUACAACAAAGAAGCUUAUGAGCACGGAUUAUAUGUAUUGUUGUUGUCCUUCAUAUCUAUUUCUUUAAAUCAGCCACAGGCUGCUAAGUUUGUUCAAGACUUAAUGCACUGGCUUCUCCUUUGCUCAACACUUCCUCUGCUUUUUCAAGCAUCAGCUUCAGCGGUGAUACAAUUCUAUGCACUGGACGGCGGAGUGGUGCAGACGUGUAAGACAUUCAAAUUUGCUGAGCCUUUUACAUGCAUAUUUUUAUCAAAAUAAAUCGACCAUGACUAAUCCGCAAAUUUACGAUGCUGCUUUUCCAGCGGUGCAAUACUUCGGCUCUGACUGCAUGUGGGUUCUGUCGCAGAUCACCCUGACUUCUGCCGACAUUAUGUUGCCAGAUGCCGAUUGCAACAAUACGUAUGGAGUCUGUCCGAAAUAUUGUAAUCAAGGUAAGAGCUUCACUUAUCGAUAAUGUUUUUUUCCAGCCGAGUUUUGCCGCAUUUACUGCAAUCCGAUAUGUUGCACGAGCGAAGAACAACGAAUUAAGUUCUGCUCUGACAUCAUCGAACGGCCUUACCAACACAAUUCGACCGAGUUUCGGAUUACGGGCCAAUACUACCGAACCGACAGUGCAGCUGGGGUUUGGGCUGAAGACGUGUUUUGGGUUAAUGACAUACGCAAGAUAAUAAGGGUCGGUACGGUACCGAUUGCGCUUCGGGUCGUAAAGAAGGGGUUUAACGCACAAGGAGGGGAGUAAGUACACUUUAGCUUACUUUGUGAAACAGGGGACGCAUUCCAAAUGCGAAGUUCAGGUUUUGAUGAAACUUGGCGCAAAUUUAGGCUACCUACUCUGUAUAAUUAUCGUUUUUAGGGCGCUUAUUGGGCUGGGAAGACAGUCAAAGGCCAACGGCAUCGUUCAUAUUCUCCAGCGGCGCGGAUUCAUCGAUAACGCCAUCGUCACCAUCGCCUACCGUGGCAGUUUUAGUCUGUAUUACAUACUUGGAGAGUACAACGAAAGAUACUGCAGCAGAGAUAGGCGAACCGUCAACGUCGUGGGUGAGCUUCAAUGGAUGUUUGACGCGAAACAGGCAGCGUUUCUGAACCACAAGACAGAAGAGCACGAUUUUCGAAUUAUUCUGGAAAGCGACAGCAUGACCCGGAUGCCUCGGCACCUGCUACACUCGUUUCUAGAAACUGGAAUCAUUUCCCCAGAAUACAAAAAAUAUGUCAUCCGACCAAAUUUCUAUAAAAUCAACCCGGCGCAUCUGAACAAUACAUUCGAGUUCUUCUUCAAACUCAACGAAGACCUCACUUUGUACUCCGACCUUGCCUCUGUUGUGCUUCCUGAGUUGCAUUUUCCUUCCCGAAAAUCACUGGUGCUUCAGGCCGCUGCAUUGGAUCCAAACCCGGAUGGAGUAGAAUGGGUGGUUGGCAGAGUUGUUUUAAUGAGGAACUGCGCGUUUCUUGACUACAACCAAAAUUUGAUCGCUUUUUCAAGAGCAAUAAAGUGAAGCCCCAGCACACGAGAUGUUAUAAAAUGAUAAAUAAUUUAAAAGUUGUACGUGGAUUACUGAAUUGGCCAUCGUAAUAAGCAACCAGCCAAUCGUUCAGCGCCGUUGUCAAUUGGAUCUUUUUAGCAAGUAUAUGUAGUAAAAUAUUUUUUAUUUUUUAGUAGAUGUAAAAUAGAUUUCCGGCCUUGUUUGCACAUUAGACAAGGAAACUUUCUUGACACUUCGUUUCUUCAAUCGGGAAAAGCGAGAUUCAAUAGUUGCUGUACUGUCUCUUUAGCAUUAUAUUUUUUUGGUUGUUAAUGCCUUCUUCGCUUGAUUUAUGAGCCAAAAAUUUCUCACACAGGAUAAUUUGAUGACCUGACUAGUCUGUUGUGUUAGAAAACAGUUGAAGUGGUUCUCUGGUUUCUUUAUUCUUACGCAAUAGGCACUUUAUUUUGGCGAUUUAAAAGCAAAAACUUUACGAUCAUGAGGGAUGCUAAACUCUAGACAUUACACUCUCUAACGGCUACUGUUUUACAGAUGAUCAGCUUGUAAUUCAGUUCAAUUUUAGCCUAGAAAUCCUUGUCGUGUUUUUCUCGGCAUUAGAAUCCAACUUCAUGUCGGGUUUCUAAAGAAAAAUUUGAGUCAAAGCAAAAGAGCUCGGGAAACACCGGACCUUUGAUAAGAUAUUCUCGAUAUCACCGUUGAAAACAAAGUCCAUUUUCGCUACGACUUUAUAUCGUCGACCUUCGAAGCAGCCUUGAUGUUUUUUAAAGAUCACUUUUGAAGAUUGUCGUAACGUCGGGCAAAUUCUCCGCUCUCAAUUUCGAUAAAAAGCAUUCUCCCCAAAAACCAUAUCUCUCUACGUUCCGUCGACGAAAAGCCCGUAAACACCCGGCAAGACCAAAGUCCAUAAUCUGCAGGGUUUUUGCGACCUCUUUAAAUGGGUGUUGUUUAUGUUUCUUCCAAUCAUUUCGGGGUCCCCUCGUGACCACUCAUUCAUAUUUUCAUUUCCCCCCGUUUCAGUCCGGUUUCAAUCAAGGUAAUAUGGCGGAGGUCGGCGGUUCAUAUCAACCAGCACUUACCAAGGAACAACAAGAUGAGUUGGUGGCCAUUGCGGCCAAGAUCACUCAGCCUGGCAAAGGGAUCUUGGCGGCGGAUGAGAGCACCGGUAAGUGAGGGGGAUUGAGGCCGGUUUGGCUUAUUGUUAGGAAAAAGUGAAAAGCUGUGGGAUAAAAUUUGUUUUUUUGAUGAAGUUUUAAUUAGUCUUACAGGACCGACCGGCAGUGACCAAAUUGCUAAGAUAUCAUUGCCUUUUUGGGAGCUAUUUAAGAUUCUUUUCAAAGCAGAAAUUGAUGCAUCUUAAGGAAAACAACUUCUUCAAAGCUAAAUUAGAAAAAGUCCUGGAAAAAAUUUGUUGCGUGACCAACCUUUUUCUUGUUCAGUCUUCUCCAUAAAUUUUUUUAGUAUCCCAAAAAAGCACCCUUAAAACGUAAGCUAAGAUAUAUAGUAACUAUGAUAUGGUGCUUCCUCGGAAAAUUUCAAAACCUUAAACGGCACCCUUCCUAAAAAUUCAAGUCCAGAAUUAACUGCUCUGCCCAUUUCAGGUACCAUUGGCAAACGUCUUGCCUCUGUGAAUCUCGAAAACACCGAAACAAACCGCCAAAAAUACCGUCAGCUUCUUUUCACCACCCCAAGUUUCGGCCAACAUAUUUCUGGAGUCAUCUUAUACGAAGAAACCUUCCAUCAGAAGACCGACAAAGGCGAGAGAUUCGUCGACGUCAUCCGAAAAGCUGGCGCUGUUCCCGGAAUCAAAUUGGACUUGGGCGUGGUCCCAUUGGCCGGAACUUUGGGCGAGGGCACCACUCAAGGCUUGGACAACCUGGCCAAGCGCGCUGCUGAAUUCAAGAAAGGAGGCUGCGAUUUCGCCAAGUGGAGAUGUGUCCUGCACAUUGGAAAGCACGUCCCAUCCCAUGUGGCGUUGCAAGAAAACGCCAAUGUCUUGGCCAGAUAUGCCUCGAUUUGUCAGCAAAAUGGACUGGUUCCAAUUGUGGAGCCGGAGGUGUUAUGCGAUGGAGAUCAUGAUCUGGAAAGAUGCCAAAAGGUGCGAAAAAAAUAUGGAUGAAAAUUUGGAAAAAACCCAACUGAUUUUUUGCAAAUUCUUUAGUAAUUUUUUGCAAAAGAAAAUAAUUAAUAAUUUUUACAACUUUCACUGCUUCUGUAACACGGAAUUCUGUUCUGCGCGUUCUCUGUUUCCGCGUGACUUUCGCCAUAUCGGCGGACUUUUAUCUCCCCUACCUGAAUAGUGUAAACAGGGGAAAGACCCAAAAAAAGGGGAAAAGUCGGUUGUGUGAUCAAUGAUGGUUUUUGUGAAUGAUAAUGACCCGCCAAAAGAAGUAUUAAAAGUCUAAAAGAAGCGAAUAUAUCUACUUGACAAGCAUAAGGAUAAAAGCUUGAUGAUACACUGAAUUUUUGUAGGUAACCGAACAAACUCUCGCCUACACGUACAAAGCUCUGGCUGAUCAUCAUGUUUUCCUGGAGGGAACUCUCCUCAAGCCCAACAUGGUCACUCCAGGACAAUCUCAUUCAAAGAAGGCGACUCCAGAGGAGGUUGGAUUGGCUACGGUCACUGCUUUGAGAAGAGGUGUCCCGGCUGCCGUUCCUGGUAAGAAUAUGAAAUUUUGAGGGUUCUAGUUUAGAUAGGUUGGGUUUGGGCCAAAGAAUGUCUUUAGUGGCUGUAGUGGGCUGCUUAGAUUUUGAUAUGGGAAGUAAAAUUUAAAUUUUGGGUAGAAAUUGGUCUAAAAUUCUGGUGUACCCCCGAUUUUUGCAGUGGAAAGUUAGAUAUCUCCUUUAGAUACCCUGAUAAAUGCUUUGGUACGCGUCUUUAUUGUCUUGCAAACGAUUACCAAACCUAUUUAUAGCAUUUACCAAAAAUCAUUUUAUAGCUGACCGCCUCUACAUUACCCAUACUGUCUCGUUUGAAAUCCUAAGUUGUCUUAACGGAAAAUAUAUAACUCCAACGUAUUUUGCAACCUUUUUUCGUGGCCUACAUUUACAAAAUUUUCUCUUCAGGUAUUGUCUUCCUCUCGGGCGGUCAAUCCGAAAUCGACGCCACCAAGAACUUGAAUGCCAUCAACCAAGUCGACCUCGUCAAGCCAUGGCGUCUCUCCUUCUCAUACGGUCGUGCUCUGCAAGCCUCGGUCUUGAAGGCAUGGCAAGGAAAGGACGCGAACAUUGAGGCUGCUCAGAAAGUGCUGCUUCAUCGUUCCAAGGCCAACGGAGACGCUCAGUUGGGAAAAUAUCAAGGCGAAGAAGGAGCUGCAGCGGCCGCUGAGAGCUUGUUCGUCAAGAACCAUUCUUACUAA